AUGAGCUACCUUUUAGAGAGGCCUGCCUUGGGGCAGAAGGUUGAGAUUGGAACUUUUUACAAUGCCUAUAACGACACGUUCCAGAGAGCGUCGUUAUUCUCUGGAGUCCUGCCCCCCGGCUCGGUAGAUUCAACACGUCGCAAGAAUACGUCUACAGGCCUGAGCUAUAUCGAUUCUCAAAAGGGACGGCUUGAUCUCCUGGGAGUUGAUCCUAAAUUCGGAGCGAGUAUAUUCAGUGGUUUGGCUCCUGCUAGGGGAUCAGGGGACUGUCUCCACGAACAGCGCAAAGCCAUAGGCAGAUUUUCCAGCAUAGAACAUUACGGCGCCUUCCAUCAUCGGGUGACCACGGUUGAGGAUCGAUUACAGACCAACAAUGCAACUCUGCAAGAGCGCAUCGCUGCAACUGUCCCCUUGUUUGCUGAUGCCACACACGUUGUCGUCGGGAUUGUAUGGGGAUGCCAGACAGUUAUUAUUGCUCGAUGCGUCAGUGCACGCAAAAAUCCGGUCGCUGAAAAAGACGAUACAUCUCAGGUGGUCAACGACGAGUCACUCGUUCAAGUUAUGGCCAUGUUUAGAAAAGCUGUGGAUGAGCUACAAUUUAUCCCCGAUCCAGAUCUACGCGGUUUUCAAGGACAGGGGCUGAAAUGCGACAUUUCUGCGUACAGCGAAGUCUUCGACAACGGUGGUAUGGUCCUGCAAGAUUUCAGGGAGGCUUUCAAUCUAGUCAAGUUGCUGCCGUCACUCCUCCAACACAACGACACAAACGAUGGAAAAGGCGAGCCAGUUCAAUACGCCCUACUCCCUAUCCAGUCUCUUGGUUCCAUUUUUGGACUUCGCGACACUCACCUCCAAGGCCAUGAUAGAAACCUAUUUUCCGUUUCGCACGAGCUUCUCGAUACCGUGAUGGAGCAAUUUGGAGAAGUCGAGACUGUCUGGUGUCGGCUGGUCGACUAUGCAAGCUAUUUAGCUAAGCACAGACCGUACGUAUCACUGGACCAAGUCCAGGACGUGGACGGCACCAUCUCGAUAGUCAAGAUGAAGGCAGAGAAGCUGAAGCAGACAUAUGCCCCAUUUCUUAUGCAUGCACGGCUGCAUGGGCUAGACCGGUUGGCAACAGAGAGUCUUUUAGAUGACCUCCAGAAGCUCAAGUCGUCCUGUGUGCAGUUACUAGAUCUGGCGGUGGACCAAAACGACAAUAUCAAUUUUUCCAGUGCAGCUGUGAACCACGGGGCAGUCUACAUCGGACACAAUGAUGUCGAUUUAGACAAGGUCCUCGGCGCUUGUGCUGCCUCACAACGCGACGUGUACGUGUUCAAAUUCAGCCAAGCAGCAAUAACAGCCGAUAGGCCGGCCUGGGAUGCAAAUCGUGUCUUGCUUGAAGAGCUUCUUGAGCGGCACACGAAACCGCUCACCGAAGCGGCGAUCGUCAUUUUAGACUGCGAUGCGCUGGGACAACAAUUGGAUAGGGUACAGAUUGCACACUAUGAAGGAAAGAGAACGAAAGUGACUCAAGAUCUGCUUGAACAGCGGCUGUUUGAGGCUAGUCAGUCCUUUGCACGCUGGACCCCUGGGGCACUCGAAUCGGACGAUGACAUUAGAAAACCCGUGCAGCGACGCAUGGUCAAGAUUCCAUGCCCUAGGACCGGAUGCAGCAAUUUUACAUUGUGCCAUUGGAUCUGUUCGAAUUGUAACGCCCAGAUCGAGUUUGGUUACUCUGACGAUUAUUUCUACUGCGACUGUGGUCGAGCAAAGUUCGAUGCAUGGCAGUUCAAGUGCAACAGUGCAAUCCAUGGAAAAACAGCCAAAGGGCGAAAGUCCAAGAAGAAGAAGCCGGUUAACAGUUCAGAUGGCUAUGUGGCUCCCCAAAACCGAGCUAAGCUACUGUCGAGUCUCAAGAACCUCGAGCAGUCUGACUAUAUCAACAUCCUCAUACUGGGCGAAACAGGCGUAGGAAAGUCGACCUUUAUCAACUCGCUCGUCAACUACCUCACGUUCGAGACGCUCGAAGAGGCCAAGCGGGCCGAGGAACUGAACUGGGUGAUACCGUCAUCUUUUUCUAUUCAGACCAUGGAUCGUUCGCAGCCGAACGGGGCCAUCAAGGAGCGCAAGAUCCAGGUUGGUGUGCGUGACGAUGAGAAGGACGGCAGCAAAGGGGCGUCGGCAACGCAGCAAACAGCCGUCUACCCAAUCAACGUCGGCUCCAAGACAAUUCGGUUGAUCGACACUCCCGGGAUUGGUGACACGCGCGGCCUGGCCUUUGACAAGAAGAACAUGGCCGACAUAUUGCGCACUCUCAGCAGCUACGAACAGCUGCAUGGCGUUCUGAUUCUGCUCAAGAGCAACAACUCACGAUUGACGGUUACGUUCAAUUUCUGCAUGCAGGAGCUGUUGACUCACCUCCAUCGCAGUGCAUCGCGCAACAUGGCCUUUGGUUUUACAAACACGCGCAUUUCUAACUACAGCCCCGGCGACACGUUCGGUCCGCUGACGUCUCUGUUGGGAAAGCACAAGGAUAUCGGCAUGGCUCUCGAAAACCAAAAUACGUUCUGUUUUGACUCGGAGAGCUUCCGCUUCCUUGCAGCAUACAAGAAAAACAUCUUCAUGGAGAACGAAGAGGACUUCCAGCGAAGCUGGAAUCAUUCGCGAGAAGAGGCCGUGCGUCUGGUUAAGUUUUUCGAGUCGAAGGUCCCCCACGAGGUGAAAAGUACCAUGAGCCUAAAUGGAACACGGCAGCUGAUUGCCGAGCUCACGAAACCGAUGACCAACAUCUCGCAGACCAUCAACACGAACAUCAAGGUAUGCAGCGACCAGAUGGAGGAGCUGCGUGACACGCGGCUGUCUGGCGGAAAGUUAUUUGAACGACUACAGGUGCCAAAAGUCCACUUGAAGUCAGUCAAGCUGGACCGCCCGCGCACCGUUUGUCGGAAUAAGGAUUGUAUCGAGUUUCGGGACAAUGGCACCGGUGCUGUCGAAUAUACGGCCCUCGUGACGGACACGGAGGCACGACGACUUUUUGAGCAAAACGAGAGCGACGUCACAGUGAAGCAGGCCGCUAUUCAGGACCUCGUGAGCCGCAUAGCUGAGUACAAGGAGGAGCAUGCAAAGAUCCAGCAGUCUGCUGCGCGGUUUGGCAUCUUCUUGAAGAAGCAUUCCAUCACGCCCUACAACGACGCAACGUUGGAGUACCUUGACAUGUUGAUCCAGGAGGAGGAGCAGAAGGCACGCGUGUCGCGCGACAAUACCAAGGUGGGGGAUCUGCGCAAGGAUUAUGCAGCCCACAUCGAGCUCGUCAAGACUCUCGAGAACAGUAUGGCUGAAGGUACCAGUGGCAGUGUCCAGCUGGACGACAUGGAUGUUGAAGCCGUCGUACACGAACUGUAUGACCUUCCGCACUUUGGCCGAAUGCUGCGCGAUGUCAAGAACGGUGUCGUUGAUGCUCAUCAGGCUAUCAAUCGCGAGCGGCCGCACAAGGUUCGAGGUCGAGCCUCUGCUAGCCGCACAAAUCUGCAGAGGCAACCGCCGCCGGCCAGCUUUACCCAGCAUGGCCGAACCUGGUCUGAAGUUGCCGCAGAGCCCUCCUAUGAUUACAGGAGUGGGGAUCACAUUACCAGACGCAACGUUGGCUACCAGGAAUAUGUAGGGGGUGGAAGUGCACAAUCCUUUGGAAGACAGGUUAUGCCUUGGCUACUAUCUCGGUUCAGGUGA